UGCUGGAUCCCUGCACCCACCCUGCCUUGUUCUUCCAUAGUCUCUUACUGCCCCUCCCCCGAGUUCCCACAAUUCCUCCUCUACCCGAAACUAACUGCUGUUGCCUAUCCACUCUUUCUUUUUUUCCGUCGCUUAUUUCCCUCUGCCGUGUGGUAUGCGUGUGUGAGCGAGCGAGCGAGUGAGAGAAAGGUUGCCCGGGCACUAUUUCUCCACCCCCCUUCCUUCCCUUUCCUGCGCGCUACUGGGUGUGUUGCCUUUGGAAUGCUACGCGCUCGGCCCGGCGAGGUGGCGGCAGGAUACAGUCGAUUUUCUACAUUCGCUAUAAGAAGCUCCUUGUGAACGACGCCAUUUUAAGCCUCUCUCUGUCGGUGUGGAGGCAGUGGCGGCGGCGGCGGCGGCGACGAACGGGGAAGACCAUUACAGGCACUGUGAGAAGGCGAAGGCGCCUGCGUGGCCCGCGCUGCGGCCAUAGAGAGAAAUCGAAACAGCGGCGAAAGUAGCGGCUGGAAGCAGGAGCCGCGGGAGGACCCUGCGCUUUUCGCCUCCCCGCCAGUGGUCUGAAGUGCAACAGGCCACAGUUCUGGGAGCACACAAAAGAUCAUGGCAACUCAAGCUGACUUAAUGGAGUUGGAUAUGGCAAUGGAGCCAGACAGAAAAGCAGCUGUUAGCCACUGGCAGCAACAGUCAUACCUGGAUUCUGGUAUCCACUCUGGUGCCACAACAACAGCGCCCUCUCUGAGUGGCAAGGGAAACCCUGAAGAGGAAGAUGUUGAUACCACUCAAGUUCUAUAUGAAUGGGAACAGGGAUUCUCUCAGUCCUUCACCCAGGAACAGGUUGCUGAUAUUGAUGGACAGUACGCUAUGACCCGAGCACAGAGGGUGCGUGCUGCCAUGUUCCCAGAAACGUUGGACGAAGGCAUGCAGAUCCCAUCAACACAGUUUGAUGCAGCUCAUCCAACAAAUGUGCAACGCCUGGCUGAACCAUCUCAGAUGUUAAAACAUGCUGUGGUUAACUUGAUAAACUACCAAGAUGAUGCAGAACUUGCAACUCGUGCCAUCCCAGAAUUGACCAAACUGUUGAACGAUGAGGACCAGGUGGUGGUGAACAAGGCUGCGGUUAUGGUACACCAGUUGUCCAAAAAAGAAGCCUCCCGUCAUGCUAUAAUGCGUUCUCCUCAAAUGGUUUCUGCCAUCGUGCGUACCAUGCAGAAUACAAAUGAUGUGGAAACAGCCCGUUGUACUGCAGGUACACUUCAUAACCUCUCCCAUCAUCGUGAAGGCUUGCUGGCAAUCUUCAAAUCAGGAGGCAUUCCUGCUCUGGUGAAAAUGCUUGGUUCUCCUGUGGAUUCUGUGCUCUUCUACGCCAUUACUACUCUGCAUAAUCUUCUCUUGCAUCAGGAAGGUGCCAAAAUGGCUGUUCGUCUAGCUGGUGGUUUGCAAAAAAUGGUUGCCUUGCUCAACAAGACAAAUGUUAAAUUUUUGGCCAUCACAACCGACUGCCUGCAGAUUCUUGCUUAUGGUAACCAAGAAAGCAAGCUUAUCAUUUUGGCAAGUGGUGGACCCCAGGCUCUAGUAAACAUAAUGAGGACCUACACAUAUGAGAAACUACUGUGGACCACAAGUAGAGUGCUGAAGGUGCUGUCAGUCUGCUCUAGUAACAAACCAGCAAUUGUAGAGGCUGGUGGAAUGCAGGCUUUGGGACUCCACCUUACAGAUCCAAGCCAGCGUCUUGUUCAGAAUUGUCUCUGGACUCUUAGAAAUCUCUCGGAUGCUGCAACUAAGCAGGAAGGUAUGGAGGGUCUACUUGGAACCCUAGUGCAGCUUUUAGGAUCAGAUGAUAUCAAUGUUGUAACUUGUGCAGCUGGCAUCCUUUCUAACCUUACUUGUAACAACUACAAGAAUAAAAUGAUGGUGUGCCAAGUGGGUGGAAUUGAGGCUCUUGUGCGCACAGUUCUCCGGGCUGGCGACAGGGAAGAUAUCACUGAGCCAGCUAUCUGCGCACUCCGUCACCUCACUAGUCGGCAUCAAGAAGCUGAAAUGGCCCAAAAUGCAGUGCGACUUCAUUAUGGACUUCCAGUGGUAGUUAAACUCUUACAUCCACCAUCUCAUUGGCCUCUUAUCAAGGCUACUGUUGGUCUGAUCCGCAAUCUUGCUCUCUGUCCAGCAAACCAUGCUCCCUUGCGUGAGCAAGGUGCUAUUCCAAGACUAGUCCAGCUGCUGGUUAGAGCACAUCAAGAUACCCAACGUCGUACUUCAAUGGGUGGCACACAACAGCAGUUUGUGGAGGGUGUGCGUAUGGAAGAAAUAGUUGAAGGUUGCACUGGAGCCCUUCAUAUUCUGGCUAGAGAUGUCCACAACCGAAUUGUAAUUAGGGGUCUAAACACCAUUCCACUGUUUGUGCAGCUGUUGUAUUCCCCUAUUGAGAACAUCCAGCGAGUGGCUGCAGGUGUACUGUGUGAACUGGCUCAGGACAAAGAAGCAGCUGAGGCAAUUGAAGCAGAGGGAGCUACAGCACCACUGACAGAACUUCUUCAUUCUAGGAAUGAGGGUGUGGCAACAUAUGCAGCUGCAGUGUUGUUUAGAAUGUCUGAAGAUAAACCACAAGACUAUAAGAAACGGCUUUCAGUCGAAUUGACGAGCUCCCUCUUCAGGACUGAACCAAUGGCUUGGAAUGAGACGGCUGAUCUGGGACUUGAUAUUAGUGCCCAAGGAGAACCUCUUGGCUAUCGCCCAGAUGAUCCUAGCUACCGUUCUUUCCACUCUGGAGGAUACGGUCAGGAUGCCUUGGGUAUGGACCCAAUGAUGGAACAUGAAAUGGGUGGCCACCACCCUGGUGCUGACUACCCAGUUGAUGGGCUGCCAGAUCUAGGACAUGCCCAGGACCUUAUGGAUGGGCUGCCUCCAGGUGACAGUAAUCAGUUGGCCUGGUUCGAUACUGACCUGUAAAUCAUCCUUUAGCUGUAUUGUCUGAAUGAUCUUGCAUUGUGAUUGGCCUGUAGAGUUGCUGAGAGGGCUCGAGGGGUGGGCUAGUAUCUCAGAAAGUGCCUGACACACUAACCAAGCUGAGUUUCCUAUGGGAACAACUGAAGUAAACUUUUUGUUCUGGUCCUUUUGGUCGAGGAGUAACAAAUGGAUUUGUGGAGUGACUCACGAAACGAAGAAUGCACAAGAAUGAAUCACAAGAUGGAAUUUAUCAAACCCUAGCCUUGCUUGUUUAAAACUUUUUUUUAUUUUUUAAAUCUCUUGUAAUGGUACUGACCUUGCUUGCUUUCAAAGUAGUUUUCUUUUUUGCAGUAACUGUAGGGUUUUUAAGUCUCUGUGUUUUAAGUUAUAGUGAACCUGCUACAGCAAUUUCUGAUUUUUAAGAAUUGAGUAAUGGUGUAGAACACUAAUUCAUAAUCACUCUAAUCGUAUUCUGAAAAGUGUAACAUUGUGUAGCCUUUUUGUAUAAAAAUUAGACAAAUAGAAAUGGUCCAAUUAGUUUCCUUUUUAAUAUGCUUAAAAUAAGCAGGUGGAUCUAUUUCAUGUUUUUGAUCAAAAACUUUAUCUGGAGAUGUCUGGGUAGGGGCCAGUAAGAACUGUUGUAUGGAACCUUGUAUUGGACAGUUUACCAGUUGCCUUUUAUCCAAAGUUAUUGUAGCCUGCUGUGAUACAGAUGCUUCAUGAAAACAGUUAUACAAAUGGUUCAGAAUUAAAGUAAACUUUUAAUGCA